AUGUUGCUUGAAGUUGCCAUUUUCUUACUAACAGCACUUGCGUUGUAUUCGUUUUACUUUGUCAAAUCAUUCAAUGUCACGAGGCCGACAGAUCCACCAGUGUAUCCUGUCACCGUACCCAUUCUUGGACACAUUAUACAGUUUGGAAAAAGCCCUCUUGGCUUCAUGCAGGAAUGCAAGCGUCAAUUGAAGUCAGGCAUUUUUACCAUUAACAUCGUGGGUAAGAGGGUGACCAUCGUUGGCGAUCCCCACGAACACAGCCGCUUCUUUUUGCCUCGUAACGAGGUAUUGUCACCGCGGGAAGUGUACAGUUUUAUGGUGCCCGUGUUUGGUGAGGGGGUUGCAUAUGCUGCCCCGUACCCAAGGAUGCGUGAGCAACUCAACUUUCUUGCGGAGGAAUUAACCAUCGCCAAGUUUCAGAACUUCGUCCCCGCCAUUCAGCACGAGGUGCGCAAGUUUAUGGCGGCCAACUGGGAUAAGGACGAGGGGGAAAUCAAUUUGCUGGAGGACUGCAGCACAAUGAUUAUUAAUACCGCUUGUCAGUGUUUAUUUGGGGAGGACCUGCGGAAGCGGCUCGAUGCGCGUAGGUUCGCGCAACUUCUGGCGAAGAUGGAAAGCAGUUUAAUCCCUGCGGCUGUGUUCCUGCCCAUCUUGCUGAAGUUACCACUCCCACAAUCUGCCCGCUGCCACGAGGCACGUACCGAACUGCAGAAAAUUCUCAGUGAGAUUAUCAUUGCUCGAAAGGAGGAGGAAGUCAACAAGGACAGCUCUACAUCCGAUCUUCUCUCAGGCCUUCUCAGUGCCGUCUACCGCGACGGAACUCCCAUGUCCCUACACGAGGUAUGUGGCAUGAUCGUGGCUGCCAUGUUCGCUGGUCAGCACACUUCAUCCAUCACCACUACGUGGUCUAUGCUGCAUCUUAUGCACCCAGCAAACGUAAAGCACCUGGAGGCGUUACGCAAGGAAAUUGAGGAGUUCCCCGCUCAACUCAAUUACAAUAAUGUGAUGGACGAAAUGCCCUUUGCGGAGCGUUGCGCCCGCGAGUCCAUUCGCCGUGACCCGCCACUCCUCAUGCUGAUGCGCAAGGUAAUGGCCGAUGUAAAGGUUGGGUCGUAUGUUGUACCAAAAGGCGAUAUCAUCGCAUGUUCACCGCUUCUCUCUCAUCAUGACGAGGAGGCCUUUCCAGAGCCGAGGCGGUGGGAUCCGGAGAGAGACGAGAAGGUUGAAGGUGCUUUUAUCGGCUUCGGUGCCGGAGUGCACAAGUGCAUUGGUCAAAAAUUUGGACUUCUGCAGGUGAAAACAAUUCUUGCCACAGCUUUCCGAAGCUAUGAUUUCCAGCUAUUACGGGAUGAAGUGCCGGACCCUGACUAUCACACAAUGGUUGUCGGACCAACUGCGUCACAGUGCCGUGUGAAAUACAUCCGGCGGAAGGCGGCAGCUGCUUAG